CUCCCUCUGGAUGCUCUGUGCCAGGCAGGACUGGGUGCAUGUGGCUUGCACACAGACCCACGGCCUGGAAACUGCAUCCCUCUGGCCUCACGCACAGCUGCGCCAGUCAGCCACUUUGUGUGUUUCUCUACUCUCCCCUUCAUCGAUGCAUGACUCAUUGCUUCAUUCAUGUUUCCAUGUGUGUGUAGAAACCUAGGCAAGCAGCCCUUCCUAGGGACAUUGCAGGACAACCUCAUUGAGAUGGACAUUCUCAGCGCCUCCCGCCAUGAUGGGGCUUACAGUGACGGGCACUUCCUCUUCAAGCCAGGAGGCACCUCCCCGCUCUUCUGCACCACGUCACCGGGGUACCCUCUGACGUCCAGCACCGUGUACUCACCUCCGCCCCGGCCCCUGCCCCGCAGCACCUUCUCCCGACCAGCCUUCAACCUCAAGAAGCCCUCCAAGUACUGUAACUGGAAGUGCGCGGCCCUGAGCGCCAUUGUCAUCUCAGCCACGCUGGUCAUCCUGCUGGCGUACUUUGUGGCCAUGCACCUGUUUGGCCUAAACUGGCACCUGCAGCCGAUGGAGGGGCAGAUGUAUGAGAUCACGGAGGACACAGCCAGCAGUUGGCCUGUGCCAACGGACGUCUCCCUGUAUCCCUCAGGGGGCACUGGGUUAGAGAUCCCUGACAGGAAAGGCAAAGGAGCCACAGAAGGAAAGCCCAGUAGUUUCUUUCCAGAGGACAGUUUUAUAGACUCUGGAGAAAUCGACGUGGGAAGACGGGCUUCCCAGAAGAUUCCUCCUGGCACUUUCUGGAGAUCUCAGGUGUUCAUAGACCACCCUGUGCAUCUGAAAUUCAAUGUGUCUCUGGGAAAGGCGGCUCUGGUUGGCAUUUAUGGCAGAAAAGGCCUUCCUCCUUCGCACACACAGUUUGACUUUGUGGAGCUGCUGGAUGGAAGGAGGCUUCUGACCCAGGAGGCACGGAGCCUGGAGGGACCCCAGCGCCAGUCUCGGGGAGUUGUGCCCCCCUCUAGCCAUGAGACCGGCUUCAUCCAGUAUUUGGAUUCAGGAAUCUGGCACCUGGCUUUUUACAAUGAUGGGAAGGAGUCUGAAGUGGUUUCUUUUCUCACCACUGCCAUUGAAUCUGUGGAUAACUGCCCCAGCAACUGCUAUGGCAAUGGCGACUGCAUCUCCGGGACCUGCCACUGCUUCCUGGGCUUCCUGGGCCCCGACUGCGGCAGAGCCUCCUGCCCUGUGCUCUGUAGCGGGAACGGCCAGUACAUGAAGGGCAGGUGCCUGUGCCACAGCGGCUGGAAGGGCGCCGAAUGCGACGUGCCCACCAACCAGUGCAUCGACGUGGCCUGCAGCAACCACGGCACCUGCAUCAUGGGCACCUGCAUCUGCAACCCCGGCUACAAAGGCGAGAACUGUGAGGAAGUGGACUGCAUGGACCCCACGUGUUCGGGCCGGGGUGUCUGCGUGAGAGGCGAGUGCCACUGCUCUGUGGGCUGGGGAGGCACCAACUGUGAGACGCCCAGGGCCACGUGCUUGGACCAGUGUUCGGGCCACGGAACCUUCCUCCCAGACACCGGGCUUUGCAGCUGUGACCCCAGCUGGACCGGACAUGACUGCUCUAUUGAGAUCUGUGCUGCCGACUGCGGUGGCCACGGCGUCUGCGUGGGGGGCACCUGCCGCUGCGAGGACGGCUGGAUGGGGGCGGCCUGCGACCAGCGUGCCUGCCACCCGCGCUGCGCGGAGCAUGGGACCUGCCGGGACGGAAAGUGCGAGUGCAGCCCCGGCUGGAAUGGCGAGCACUGCACCAUCGCGCACUAUCUGGAUAGGGUAGUUAAAGAGGGCUGCCCCGGCUUGUGCAAUGGCAACGGCAGGUGCACCCUGGACCUGAACGGGUGGCACUGCGUCUGCCAGCUGGGCUGGAGAGGAGCUGGCUGUGAUACGUCCAUGGAAACCGCCUGUGGUGACAGCAAAGACAAUGAUGGAGACGGCUUGGUGGACUGCAUGGACCCCGACUGCUGCCUCCAGCCCCUCUGUCAUGCCAGCCCGCUGUGCCUGGGCUCCCCCGACCCUCUGGACAUCAUCCAGGAGACACAGGCCCCUGUGUCCCAGCAGAACCUGCACUCCUUCUACGACCGCAUCAAGUUCCUCGUGGGCAGGGACAGCACACACGUCAUCCCCGGGGAGAACCCCUUUGACAGAGGGCAUGCGUGUGUCAUUCGUGGUCAAGUGAUGACAUCAGAUGGGACCCCGCUGGUUGGUGUGAACAUCAGUUUCGUCAAUAACCCUCUCUUUGGAUACACGAUCAGCAGGCAAGAUGGCAGCUUUGACUUGGUCACGAAUGGCGGCAUCUCCAUCAUCCUGCGGUUUGAGCGGGCCCCCUUCAUCACACAGGAGCACACCCUCUGGCUGCCUUGGGAUCGCUUCUUUGUCAUGGAAACCAUCAUCAUGCGGCACGAGGAGAAUGAGAUUCCCAGCUGUGACCUGAGCAACUUUGCCCGCCCCAACCCCGUAGUGUCUCCAUCCCCACUCACGUCCUUCGCCAGCUCCUGUGCAGAGAAAGGCCCCAUCGUCCCGGAAAUCCAGGCUUUGCAGGAGGAAAUCGCCAUCUCCGGCUGCAAGUUGAGGCUGAGCUACCUGAGCAGCCGCACCCCUGGCUACAAAUCUGUCCUGAGGAUCAGCCUCACCCACCCCACCAUCCCCUUCAACCUCAUGAAGGUCCACCUCAUGGUGGCGGUUGAGGGCCGCCUCUUCAGGAAGUGGUUUGCUGCAGCCCCAGACCUGUCCUAUUAUUUCAUCUGGGACAAGACAGAUGUCUACAACCAGAAGGUGUUUGGGCUCUCAGAAGCCUUCGUUUCUGUGGGUUAUGAGUAUGAAUCUUGCCCAGAUCUGAUCCUGUGGGAAAAAAGAACAGCAGUGCUGCAGGGCUAUGAAAUUGAUGCUUCUAAGCUGGGAGGAUGGAGCUUGGACAAACAUCACGCCCUCAACAUCCAAAGUGGCAUCCUGCACAAAGGGAACGGGGAGAACCAGUUUGUGUCUCAGCAGCCACCUGUCAUCGGGAGCAUCAUGGGCAACGGGCGCCGCAGAAGCAUCUCCUGCCCCAGCUGCAACGGCCUUGCCGACGGCAACAAGCUUCUGGCCCCCGUGGCCCUCGCGUGCGGCUCCGACGGGAGCCUCUACGUGGGUGAUUUCAACUACAUCCGCCGGAUCUUCCCAUCUGGGAACGUCACCAACAUCCUGGAGUUGAGAAAUAAAGAUUUCAGACAUAGCCACAGUCCCGCGCAUAAAUACUACCUGACCACAGACCCCAUGAGUGGGGCCGUCUUCCUCUCUGACACCAACAGCCGGCGGGUCUUCAAGAUCAAGUCCACUGUGGUGGUGACGGACCUUGUCAAGAACUCCGAGGUGGUGGCAGGGACAGGUGACCAGUGCCUCCCCUUUGAUGAUACUCGCUGCGGGGAUGGUGGGAAGGCCACAGAAGCCACACUUACCAACCCCAGGGGCAUCACAGUGGACAAGUCUGGGCUGAUUUACUUCGUGGAUGGCACCAUGAUCAGACGCAUUGAUCAGAAUGGGGUCAUCUCCACCCUGCUGGGCUCCAAUGACCUCACCUCGGCCCGGCCCCUCAGCUGUGAUUCCGUCAUGGAUAUUUCCCAGGUUCGCCUGGAGUGGCCCACAGACUUAGCCAUCAACCCGAUGGACAAUUCCCUCUAUGUCCUGGACAACAACGUGGUCCUGCAGAUCUCUGAAAACCACCAGGUGCGCAUUGUCGCAGGGAGACCCAUGCACUGCCAGGUCCCUGGCAUCGACCACUUCCUGCUGAGCAAGGUGGCCAUCCAUGCAACCCUGGAGUCGGCCACGGCCUUGGCCGUCUCUCACAAUGGGGUCCUGUAUAUCGCUGAGACAGACGAGAAGAAGAUCAACCGCAUCAGGCAGGUCACCACCAACGGAGAGAUCUCACUAGUUGCCGGGGCCCCCAGUGGCUGUGACUGUAAAAAUGAUGCCAACUGUGACUGUUUCUCUGGAGAUGAUGGUUAUGCUAAGGAUGCAAAGCUGAAUACCCCAUCUUCCUUGGCUGUGUGUGCUGACGGGGAGCUCUACGUGGCCGACCUCGGGAAUAUCCGAAUUCGGUUUAUCAGGAAGAACAAGCCUUUCCUCAACACCCAGAACAUGUAUGAGCUGUCCUCACCCAUCGACCAGGAGCUCUACCUGUUUGAUACCAGUGGCAAGCAUCUGUACACCCAGAGCCUCCCCACAGGAGAUUACCUGUACAACUUUACCUACACUGGGGAUGGCGACAUCACGCUCAUCACAGACAACAACGGCAACAUGGUGAAUGUCCGCAGAGACUCUACUGGGAUGCCCCUCUGGCUGGUGGUCCCAGAUGGUCAAGUGUACUGGGUGACCAUGGGCACCAACAGUGCACUCAAGAGUGUGACCACACAAGGACACGAGUUGGCCAUGAUGACAUACCAUGGCAAUUCUGGUCUUCUGGCAACCAAAAGCAAUGAAAAUGGAUGGACAACAUUUUAUGAGUACGACAGCUUUGGCCGCCUGACAAAUGUGACCUUCCCUACUGGCCAGGUGAGCAGUUUCCGAAGUGAUACAGACAGCUCCGUGCAUGUCCAGGUAGAGACCUCCAGCAAGGACGACGUCACCAUAACCACCAACCUGUCUGCCUCAGGUGCCUUCUAUACACUACUGCAAGACCAGGUCCGAAACAGCUACUACAUCGGAGCCGACGGCUCCCUGCGGCUGCUGCUGGCCAAUGGCAUGGAGGUGGCCCUGCAGACGGAGCCCCACCUGCUGGCUGGGACCGUCAACCCCACCGUGGGCAAGAGGAAUGUGACGCUGCCCAUCGACAACGGCCUCAACCUGGUGGAGUGGCGGCAGCGCAAGGAGCAGGCUCGAGGCCAGGUCACCGUCUUCGGGCGCCGGCUUCGGGUUCACAACCGGAACCUCCUGUCCCUGGACUUUGACCGCGUGACACGCACAGAGAAGAUCUAUGACGACCACCGCAAGUUCACCCUCCGGAUCCUGUACGACCAGGCAGGACGGCCCAGCCUCUGGUCACCCAGCAGCAGGCUGAACGGCGUCAAUGUCACGUACUCCCCGGGGGGCCAUAUUGCCGGCGUCCAGAGAGGCAUCAUGUCUGAGAGGAUGGAAUACGACCAGGCGGGUCGCAUCACAUCUCGGAUCUUCGCUGAUGGGAAGACCUGGAGCUACACGUACUUAGAGAAGUCCAUGGUGCUGCUCCUCCACAGCCAGAGGCAGUAUAUCUUCGAGUUCGACAAGAAUGACCGCCUCUCUUCUGUGACAAUGCCCAAUGUGGCCCGGCAGACGCUGGAGACCAUCCGCUCAGUGGGUUACUACAGGAACAUCUACCAGCCCCCCGAGGGCAACGCCUCAGUCAUCCAGGACUUCACUGAGGACGGGCACCUCCUCCACACCUUCUACCUGGGCACUGGCCGCAGGGUGAUGUACAAGUAUGGCAGGCUGUCCAAGCUAGCUGAGAUGCUGUACGACACCACCAAGGUGAGCUUCACCUACGACGAGGCCGCCGGCAUGCUGAAGACCAUCAACCUGCAGAACGAGGGCUUCACCUGCACCAUCCGCUACCGUCAGAUCGGGCCUCUGAUCGACCGCCAGAUCUUCCGCUUCACUGAGGAAGGUAUGGUCAAUGCCCGUUUUGACUACAACUAUGACAACAGCUUCCGCGUGACCAGCAUGCAGGCCGUGAUCAACGAGACACCGCUGCCCAUCGAUCUCUAUCGCUAUGAUGACGUGUCGGGCAAGACUGAGCAGUUUGGGAAGUUUGGAGUCAUCUACUAUGACAUUAACCAGAUCAUCACCACAGCGGUCAUGACCCACACCAAGCACUUCGAUGCGUACGGCCGGAUGAAGGAAGUCCAGUACGAGAUCUUCCGCUCGCUCAUGUACUGGAUGACCGUCCAGUAUGAUAACAUGGGGCGAGUCGUGAAGAAAGAGCUGAAGGUGGGACCUUACGCCAACACCACUCGCUAUUCCUAUGAGUACGAUGUCGACGGCCAGCUGCAGACGGUCUCCAUCAAUGAUAAGCCACUGUGGCGCUACAGCUAUGACCUCAAUGGGAACCUGCACUUACUGAGCCCCGGGAACAGUGCACGGCUGACCCCGCUACGGUACGACCUCCGGGACCGCAUCACCAGGCUGGGUGACGUGCAGUACAAGAUGGACGAGGAUGGUUUCCUGAGGCAGCGGGGCAGUGAUGUCUUUGAGUACAACUCAGCAGGGCUGCUCAUCAAGGCCUACAACCGGGGUGGUGGCUGGAGCGUCAGGUACCGCUACGAUGGCCUGGGGCGGCGGGUGUCCAGCAAGAGCAGCCACAGCCACCACCUGCAGUUCUUUUAUGCAGACCUGACCAGCCCCACCAAGGUCACCCACCUCUACAACCACUCCAGCUCUGAGAUCACAUCCCUCUACUACGACCUGCAAGGACACCUCUUCGCCAUGGAGCUGAGCAGCGGAGAUGAGUUUUACAUAGCUUGUGACAACAUCGGGACCCCUCUUGCUGUCUUCAGUGGAACGGGCUUGAUGAUCAAGCAGAUCCUGUACACAGCCUACGGGGAGAUCUACAUGGACACCAACCCCAACUUCCAGAUCAUCAUCGGCUACCACGGGGGCCUCUAUGAUCCACUCACCAAGCUCGUCCACAUGGGCCGGCGGGAUUACGACGUGCUGGCUGGUCGCUGGACUAGCCCCGACCACGAGUUGUGGAAGCACCUUAGUAGCAGCAAUAUCAUGCCUUUUAAUCUCUAUAUGUUUAAAAACAACAACCCUAUCAGCAACUCUCAGGACAUCAAGUGCUUCAUGACAGAUGUCAACAGCUGGCUCCUCACCUUCGGAUUCCAGCUUCACAAUGUGAUUCCUGGCUAUCCCAAGCCAGACAUGGAUGCCAUGGAACCAUCCUACGAGCUGGUCCACACACAGAUGAAAACUCAGGAAUGGGACAACAGCAAGUCUAUCCUCGGGGUACAGUGUGAAGUGCAGAAGCAGCUCAAGGCUUUCGUUACCCUGGAACGUUUUGACCAGCUCUACGGCUCCACAAUCACCAGCUGCCAGCAGGCCCCAGAGACAAAGAAGUUUGCAUCCAGUGGCUCAGUCUUUGGCAAGGGGGUCAAGUUCGCCUUGAAGGAUGGCCGAGUGGCCACAGACAUCAUCAGUGUGGCCAACGAGGACGGGCGGAGGGUUGCUGCCAUCCUGAACAACGCCCACUACCUGGAGAACCUGCACUUCACCAUCGACGGGGUGGACACUCACUACUUUGUGAAACCAGGACCUUCCGAAGGUGACCUGGCCAUCCUGGGCCUCAGCGGGGGGCGGCGAACCCUGGAGAAUGGGGUCAACGUCACCGUGUCCCAGAUCAACACAAUGCUCAAUGGCAGGACUAGACGCUACACAGACAUCCAGCUCCAGUAUGGGGCGCUGUGCUUGAACACCCGCUACGGGACAACGCUGGACGAGGAGAAGGCUCGGGUGCUGGAGCUGGCCCGGCAGAGAGCCGUGCGCCAGGCCUGGGCCCGAGAGCAGCAGCGACUUCGGGAUGGGGAGGAAGGCCUGCGGGCCUGGACAGAGGGCGAGAAGCAGCAGGCGCUGAACACCGGGCGGGUUCAAGGCUACGACGGCUUCUUCGUGAUCUCCGUCGAGCAGUACCCGGAACUGUCAGACAGCGCCAACAACAUCCACUUCAUGAGACAGAGCGAGAUGGGCCGAAGGUGACAGAGAGGUCCUCGGCCUGGACUUCUUGCCAAAGACAGCUACUCUUUUGUGGCCACAUACCUGACUGUGUUGUACUUAAAAAACAAAAAACAAAAAACAAAAAACCCUUUUUUUAAACAAAUGCAGAAAACAGCAAACAAAAGAUACUGGUUGCAUUGUAAUUCAUGCAACAUCCUUUUUUUUAAGAAAAGAAAAACACAGAUUUGGCCUUCACACAUUUUUUGCAAAGAACAGAAGGUAUUUUUUUUUUCUGUAGUGUGAUCACAAUGAAAACCUUAUUGUCUUUUGUUCCCUUUUCCUUGAGGAGUUUUCCUUGUUGUUUUGGGUACACUUCUCCUCGCUGAGAUGCAUCUCCUGGGGUGUGUCCUUGUCUGUCCCUGGGUACCCAGUGUGAUGUGAGACAUGAGUGUCUGUGCUAACUUGUCCCAUGUGCAACUCUUUCUUCCAUGGGGGUUGGGCAGGAGUGAGGGGUGCAGAGAGUCACGGGCCAGUAGCAAAUUUCUGAGGGGGCCUGGAAGGAGGGUCUGCAGGACCUGAGGAUCUUAGGCUAAGCUCUCACAGACAAGUAGGGGCUGUUUUACUCACUGUGUUCCAUGCCUCCAGAGGACCAUGGAUGGUUUCAUCUUGCCCUGGGGAGUUUCAUGAUCUCACAGCACCUUUUUCAAGCUGCCCCAAACUCCUGUCCAAGCUUUAUAUUUUGAUGCUAAAUGAAACCCCUACCCCUUUUGCAAAUUCUGUGUAGUUGUCAGUGCCACCCCCAUGCCGGGAUGGAGAAAGUGUCUCCCAGGUCCUUCCCCAGUCUGGUGACAUCAUCCUGGGGCUAAGAGCCCCAGCCUCUCCAAGAGGCAGAGGCACCCAGGAUGUCUGUGGUUGGUUGGUCCUCCCAUGAUGUUCCUUAUUCAUCUCCUCCUCUCUCCCAAAGUCAGAUGUGAGAACCAGCACUGCACAGCAAGCCCUCAGCUUGGGCACCACGUCCAGAGGGGAAGGCCACCCACGGUGAAAGGAUGGCAUUGGUGGCAAGGGUACCAGCCUGCCUUCCUAGGUGAAGCCCUCUCCCCAUGACUUUGGGUACCUUCCCUCCACCACUCAGCUGCCACCACUGAGAAAUAGGAGUGUGGAGAGAGGUGCCUGGUGGCCUUUGAUUCUGGAAAGAGACUUAAGAAAAAGUCAGCCAAAGAGAGGAAGGCACGAGUCAAGCGUCCUUCUAACCAGUUCCUGAAGGCCCCUCUGCCUCCCAUGUAUUCGGCUAAUUGCAGGGCUGGGAUGCAACUUGAGCAACCUUCAGGCAUUUCCUUCUGUAAAGUUCUUCUAAAACAGCUUCCCCUCUAGAGGAGCCGAGCCAGGGUUGCAAAACAAGAUUAAUGAGAAAGGAGGAAAGAGCUCACUUGGUGUGGCCUGGCAGUGUCAUGCUCCCCGACCAGGAUGGGGGUGGUUCCUGAGACUGGUGCCCAUGGAGCCAGGAGGCCAGGCUACCAUGGUCCCUGUGAGGACCUAUGCCUGAGGUCAGUGGGAAAGGGCUUAAGCCCACUCGGGAGCCAGUGCAACCCACGCCUGGAGGGCACGCCCAGGGAGAGGCAGCAGCCAACAGGCAGGGGGUGGGAAGCACUGAGGGGAGGGGAGAGCAGCCUGGUGAGCUAGGAGCUCCUGUCUCUUGUUUUACCUGCCUGAUUACCAUCAUCAUUACCACUCACAGGAGGCUCUGGGAGACCAGGAGGGGAAGCCAAAUGCUUCCUUUUAAGCUGGGCUUUUUAGAAAAUGGGACUUUUAUGAGUUACAUUUUACAUUAAGUGUGGAAAAUGACUUCUGAGUCUGAGCUCUUCCCCAUGGAAACCUUGUUGGAUUGACAAGCUCAUGGCACCUUUAUAGCCUUACUCACAGAGUCUUCAGAAUAUUACAGGAGUUAAUGAAACCAAGAAGGCCUCCUACUGCACGAGAAUUGGAGCAGCACGGAGUCUGGGUUCUGCCAGCAGAGGGAGGCACCCAGACAGGAGAUUUCGCCUUACGUCAUCCCACUGGGGUUAGAGGAUGUGUUUCGCUAAGUGCUCUUCCUGUUUCCAAAAGAAGUCACACUGCUGUGACAGUGGGCCUUGGCCAGAGUUCCGCCAAGUCAGAUGCAGUGCCCCUCGGGCCCGCUGGGCAAGGCAGGAGCUUAUGGGCUCCCACCUGGCAGGAUCGUUCUUGGAUGGGAUAGAAAAGUUUGGCCUGAAGAAAACCAAUAUUUUUAUGCAAGAUAGACUUAUGCCUCCCAAAUGUACUCUUGAUAUAAGGGGCCCUUGGGGAAUGGACCCUGCCCAUUGGUCCAGAUGAUCAGUUCCAUCCUGGCUGCCUGACAUCAGUCAAGACCUGCUGUCCACUGGGAGGUCAGAAACAGCAUGAGGCCUGAGGGAGUCCUCUCCCUGCACCUCUCCAACGCUCUGACUAUCCACCCCGCCACCCGCCACCAAGGAAAUAGCGUGGACUCUUGAAGAGCAAGAUCACAGAGAAUUAUUGAGCAUUCCUUUUCUUUAAACGAAUGAUGUUAUAUUCUUCCUGGGCUACAUACCGCCCAGGAGACCUGGCUUCUGCAUCAGGGGAAGCUGAAGCAUCCCCAUGCUUUAGAGAAGGGAUCUCAGGUGUGGGGCCAGUAGCGUCAUGCACCUCGCUGGGUUUCACACUGGUGCUGUUGCUACUGGAGAUGGUGCUCCUGGCCUGGGCCCUUUUGAGUUGCUUUCCAUUCCACGACAGGUGACUCAGUGCCUCCCCCUUCAGUGCGUCCUCCUGCUGAGACCAGCAGUCCCAAUCUCACAGCAAGAGUGAAUCUGAAGGCAUAAGCCAGAUUUCCCUGUGCCUGCUUAGUGGCCUCCAGGCUUCCAAUCCCAUCCUUUUGGCACUAACCAACCAAAACGUGUCCAUUCCUCAGCGUUACUAGUCCUCCCUCACUGGCCCAGGGUCAUUAUUCUGUACGGUGGCAGCUUCUGACCCUAGAAAAAGGUUUAUCUUGGAAGAGUGCCUGCCUUCUCCGCCACCCUCCACAGCUGCCAUUGGCCCCUUACCCUCAGCACCUUGUCAUCACCUUAAAUAGGACCUUAGUGAUUCCCCAACUUCGUUUUUUAUAGGAUGAGAUCUCCUUGUUGCCCACCCUCCAGGCAGACAGCAUUGGAGAGCAGAGCUAUGACAAUAGGAAGAAGGGGAAGAAACUCUGCGGUGAAUCACAAAUUCGUCAGCCCCUGAUGCUUGUCUCUCAGAACUGUUGGCUGAA